AUGUAUCUAAAGCAGAGGUUAUACGGGCUGAAGAUGCAGGAGGGGACCGAUUUAGGGCAACAUGUGAAUAUCUUCAAUCAGGUCGUCACGGAUUUGGCUUCACUCGAAGUCAAGAUUGAAGAUGAAGACAAGAUGAUGAUUUUACUGUGUUCGUUACCUCCUUCUUACGAACAUAUGGGUAACCAGGAUCGUGGAAGAAGACAUGUGCGGGAUAAUUCAGGAAAUUGGAAUUUCAGAUCCAAGUCGCGGGACAAAUCGAAAGGGAGGAAAACUGUGACGUGUUAUAAGUGCAAGGAACAAGGGCAUUUUAAAUGGGAUUGCCCAAAGUGGAAGAAACAGACUGCUGAUAUGUCAUCCAAGUCUGCGAAUGUGGUACAGAAUGAGGAAUCUGAUUGCAGUGAUGGAGAUAUGUUGUCUAUUUCGACUGCGCAAAAUGGUUUCAUUCCCAAGGCUGAUGAGGAUAGGGAAACCAUUAAGAUUGUGAAGGGUGCCUUGACUGUGAUGAAGGGGAGGAUCACUGCAGGGAAUAUUUACAAACUGUUGGAAACAGUUCUUGAUAAGGGAGAGAGUUCGAGUUCUGCACCUGAUGAUGUUGAUCAUGAUGUUUCUGGCCCAACUGAUGUGCCAGAGAGCUACAAGUUAGCUCGGGAUAGAGUGAGGCGUACCAAUAUACAAGCUCCGAUUGGCUACAAGCGUUGUGAGUUCGAUUGUUGUGUUUACACUAAGAGCCUUGGUGAUGGUUCUAUGAUUUUUCUGUUACUUUAUGUUGAUGACAUGCUUAUUGCUGCCAAGAAUAUGCGUGAUAUUGUUGAUCUGAAAAGCCUUUUGAGUCAGGAAUUUGAGAUGAAGGAUUUGGGGGCUGCGAAAAAGAUUCUUGGGAUGGAGAUUCACAGGGAUAGAGGAUCACAGAAGUUGUGGUUAUCUCUGAAGGGUUAUGUGGAGAAGGUGCUACAGAGGUUUGCGAUGAAUGAAGCAAAACCGGUGAGCACUCCAUUAGCAAACCACUUCAAGCUUUCUGUUGAUCAGUGCCCCAAGUCGGACAAGGAGACUCUGGAUAUGGUAGAGAUACCUUAUGCCAGUGCUGUUGGAUGUCUGAUGUAUGCCAUGGAAUGUACUCGUCCUGAUUUAGCUCAUGCUGUUGGUCAAGUUUGCAAGUAUAUGUCAAGGCCGGGUAAACAACAUUGGGAGGCAGUCAAAUGGAUUUUCAGAUAUUUGAAAGGUACUGCGGGACAUGGUAUUGUGUUUAGAGAUCAGCGGUUGGAUUUUUUGGUUGUAGGAUAUGUGGAUUCUGAUUAUGCUGGGGACUUGGAUAAUAGGAGAUCUACCACUGGGUAUGUAUUCACUUUUGAGAUGACGGGAGGAUCAAAAUUCGAGGUCUCGAAAUUUGAUGGUCAUGGCAAUUUCGGAUUAUGGCAGACGAGAGAACGGGCGGCCGGGACGAUUCGGUUGUGCCUUGCAGAUGAAGUUAUGUAUCACGUUAUGCAUCUCAAAUCGGCGGAUGAUAUCUGGAAGAAACUGGAAUCGCAGUUCAUGUCAAAAACCCUAACGACAAAAUUGUAUCUAAAGCAGAGGUUAUACGGGCUGAAGAUGCAGGAGGGGAACGAUUUAGGGCAACAUGUGAAUAUCUUCAAUCAGGUUGUCACGGAUUUGGCUUCACUCAAAGUCAAGAUGGAAGAUGAAGACAAGGCGAUGAUUUUACUGUGUUCGUUACCUUCUUCUUACGAACAUAUGGUGACUACCCUUACAUAUGGGAAAGAAAUGAUCAAGACUGAGGAGAUUACUUCCGCGUUGUUGGCUCACAACCAGCGGAAACAGAAAUCUGGAGAGUCAUCUUCUCAAAGUGACAGCUUAUAUGUGAAGGGUAACCAGGAUCGUGGAAGAAGACAGGUGCGGGAUAAUUCAGGAAAUCGGAAUUUCAGAUCCAAGUCGCGGGACAAAUCGAAAGGGAGGACAACUAUGACGUGUUAUAAGUGCAAGGAACAAUGGCAUUUUAAACGGGAUUGCCCAAAGUGGCAGAAAGAGACUGCUGAUAUGUCAUCCAAGCUGCAAAUGUGGUACAUAAUGAGGAAUCUGAUUGCAGUGAUGGAGAUAUGUUGUCUAUUUCGACUACGCAGCAACUCGGGUUCUGUUUUUCUUGGUGAUGAUAGAUGCUGCGGUAUUGUCGGCAUUGGAGAUGUCAAAAUCAGGAUAAAUGGUUUCAUUCCCAAGGCUGAUGAGGAUAGGCAAACCAUUAAGAUUGUGAAGGGUACCUUGACUGUGAUGAAGGGGAGGAUCACUGCAGGGAAUAUUUACAAACUGUUGGGAACAGUUCUUGAUAAGGGAGAGAGUUCGAGUUCUGCACCUGAUGAUGUUGAUCAUGAUGUUUCUGGCCCAAGUGAUGUGCCAGAGAGCUACAAGUUAGCUCGGGAUAGAGUGAGGCGUACCAAUAUACAAGCUCCGGAAUUUGAGAUGAAGGAUUUGGGGGCUGCGAAGAAGAUUCUUGGGAUGGAGAUUCACAGGGAUAGAGGAUCAAAGAAGUUGUGGUUAUCUCAGAAGGGUUAUGUGGAGAAGGUGCUACAGAGGUUUGGGAUGAAUGAAGCAAACCCAGUGAGCACUCCAUUAGCAAACCACUUCAAGCUUUCUGUUGAUCAGUGCCCCAAGUCGGACAAGGAGACUCAGGAUAUUGUGGAGAUACCAUAUGCCAGUGCUGUUGGAUGUCUGAUGUAUGCCAUAGUAUGUACUCGUCCUGAUUUAGCUCAUGCUGUUGGUCAAGUUGGCAAGUAUAUGUCAAGGCCGGGUAAACAGCAUUGGGAGUCAGUCAAAUGGAUUUUCAGAUAUUUGAAAGGUACUGCGGGACAUGGUAUUGUGUUUGGAGAUCAGCGGUUGGAUCCUUUGGUUGUAGGAUAUGUGGAUUCUGAUUAUGCUGGGGACUUGGAUAAUAGGAGAUCUACCACUGGUAGCGCGCCAACCCUCCCCGCAUGCGAGUCAGCGUACCGCAACGCACGACAGCUUGCGCCGACUCUCCACUCGUCAGCCAUGUCGUCGUCCUCGACGGAACUACUGCCACCUACUUCAGCCGAUACCGUCAGCCCGUCCAGAGCUCACGGCGCGAGCUCCGAUGUUGACGGACACAGAAACACCAGCCGUCCACAGAUCGCCAUCCGCCUCCGCCUUCAGCCAACAUUCCGCCGCCGCCUCAGCCGUUAG